AUGUACCGUUCAACCAAAGGAGCAUCGAAGGCUCGGCGGGACCAGAUCAACGCCGAGAUACGGAACCUAAAGGACUUGCUGCCCAUUUCCGACGCAGAUAAAGCACGACUCUCGUAUCUGCACAUCAUGUCUCUUGCCUGCAUGUACACCAGGAAGUCUGUCUUUUUCUCUCAAGAAGCGGCUGCUGCUGCCAGUCUGGAGGAUAGUGCAAGGUUUCUGUCUUUCCAUGAGCUGUCGGAGUUGGUGCAGGCGCUGCCGGGCUUUCUCAUGCUGUUGACUGGAGAAGGGAAGCUCCUUUACCUGUCAGACAGUGUCGCCGAGCAUCUCGGACACUCGAUGGUGGAUCUUGUUGCCCAGGGUGAUAGCGUUUAUGAUAUCAUUGAUGCCUCGGACCACUUUAUCAUGAGGACCAACCUAUCCACUUCUACAUCACUCGAUCUCGACCGACUGUUCCGCUGUCAUUUCAACACUUCCAAGUCCGUCCGCAGGCAGAGUGCUGGGAACAAGCUGGUUUUGAUCCGAGCUCGCUGCCUCUCUCCCCCCUCCUCGUCUCCUGCCACUGGGACCUACUGGACCUCCAACCCUGUCUGGGUGUGCUUCUGUUCUCCCCUUGAGCCCCAUCCUGCCCGCUCCAGUCCCGGGGGAGAAAGGGAGUCAACGUCCACUGCUCCCCCAGCUAAGAACAACUUCUUCCUGGCCUGUUUCCAUUCCCAACAUGGCCAGGACAUGAGGCUGCGGAAUGCACAGGAGAGUGUUAGUGCCUAUCUUGGCUUUGAUGUGGCAGCCCUGCGUGCUCGCUCAUGGUACAGCCUCCUCCACCCACAGGAUCUGCCACAUGCCUCCACUCAGCACCGCAACCUAUUGAGGGAGGGAGGAGAGGGUAGAGCUGAAAUGGUGGUGCGGGUGCAAGCUGAAGACCAAUCCUGGGUUUGGCUCUACAUGGUUCUCCAGCUGGAGGCAGGAGACAUUCCCAUCAGCAGCAACAAUUACAUCAUCAGUGAGUCUGAGGCUUGGUCAGUGCGUCAACAGCUCAGCUCAGAGCAGACCCAGCUGACUCUGGUUCUGAGCACUGGAACCUCUCAGCAGGAAAGUCUGAGCCUCCAGUCCCCAGAAACCUUGUCCAGCCCAGACCAGGUCUUCACGCCUGGCAGCAGCGGUCUGUCCGCCCAAUCCUUUGACUUCAGUACUGCCGGCUGCAGUGUGGGCUCCUCCGAUGAACCCGGAAGCGUUGCUGCAGAGGCUAUGCAGCUGGAGGGGGAUCCUCGCUCCAGUAUUUCCUCCUUGGAGGAAGAAAGCUUCUUUCAGCAGCAGCAGCAGACCUCUGGCCCUGAGCAGUGCCCCUCAGCCGCCUCCUCUCCCACCCCAGUCACCGUUGCAACAGUGGCAGACUUAGACUUCUUGACCCAAAACAUUCUCCUGCCCCCCUCCUUCCAGCUUGACCCCCCACUGCCUUCUCUCCCCCUGCCCCUUCCUCCAGUGCCCACUUCUCAAGCCCAGCAGACCAAAGAGUUUGUGUGCACGCCUCCCUACACACCCCAGCUCGGUGGUGCAAGUUUUCUGUUUGGCGAGCCCCUCUUCAGCUUCGACCCCACGGGCACGACCACGCCGCCACCCUCUGCCACAACAGCCACUGCCAGCACCUCUGUGGCUCCCACAGCCUCCCCCCCAGCCCCGACAACCACCACCUCUAGCCCUGCCCCCCCGACUACCAUGUCCACCAAGCUGCCUCUGGCCCUGUCCACCCUAUCCACUGACCUGCUCUUCUCUGUGGAGCCCUGCAGCAGUUCACUCUAUGAGAAGCUGCCCCCAACCCCCGACAGCCCUGGGGACGGUGACUGCACAGUGAUGACCCUGCCUGAGGUGCGGGGGCCAUUAUAUGUGGACGUCCCCUUGGGGCCCCUCCCGUAUCCACCAGACGGUCUCCUCACACCGGAAGCCUCUCCUGGUAAGCAGCCAUGCCUCUCUUUCUUCUCCCUGGAGAGAGAGAGGGAGAAGGAGAGGGUGGAGAUCUCCCUACUUGCCCAGCACAUCAGCUCGCUGGCAGAGGGAUUCUACCUGGACCCACUCCUAUCCAAAUUCUCUCCACCCUCCAUGUCCCCCCCCUCCUCCCCCCCCUCCCCCACACCUUCCUUCUCCCCCUCCCAAGACAUUGGUGGCGUCGAAUCUGCCCACAUGCUUGGGGAGUUUUAUCCCAUCAAGGCGUGGAGAGGUCCGGACAUCCCCAUGUUCCUCGACAACGAUGACCCUCUGUUUGAAGAGAGCAUCUUAGAAACCCUCCUCCAAGACUUCUCCGCCCCACCCCAGUCCCCAGACCUCUCGUCCCCCUCGCCCUCCUCUUCCUCAACCCCAUCCAGCCCAACCUCUCCGCAGACCCCUCUGUGCUGGCGCCAACCCUCCCACUUUGAGGGAGCGGGCCACUUCUGUAGCGUCCAAUCGGCGCAACUUAACUCCAUGGCUGGGUGCGGGGCGACCGGAGCUGCUGAGGCCGGGGCAAAGGCGGAAGGAGAGCGACUAGCAGAGGAAGUGAUGGAGAUCGACGUGGCUUCAUCUCCUCUGUCCUCUUGCUCCUCCAUCCCAGCUUCCCCUCCCCUCAAUCUGACUGCCUCCCCGUCCCCCGCCACCUCCACGCCCAUCGCCUCGCCCACGCCCGCUGUGUCUUGCACCCAGUCCCUCUUGGAGGAACUGGCUGUCCUGGAACCCAUGUUUGGGGCAGGUGCCUCGAUCGCCCCUGGCUUAGGGCAACAACCUGAGUUGUAUCAACUCCAGUGUCAUCCAUCGUCACAGUGCUUCCACAAAGAUGGGAGUGGAAGUGUUCCUCCGUUCUAA